UGAGCGGUCUUUCAAAUGACUGUGCAAUAUAAUCAACUUGUUCUCACUGGAGGUCCGGGUGUAUUUUUCAGACUGCUAUUAAAAUGGAGAGGAUGUAUUUUCAAAUUGAUCUACAUCGAUGUUAUUGUUUUCAUGGCUCUAUAUGCAUUUAUCAGUUGUGUUUAUCGUUUCGUUCUGUCAGUAGAGUUACAGAGGUUUGAUUUCCCUUUUCAGAAUCUAAAUACUUUCAGAACUUUUGAAGACGUCAUCAUGUUUACUCGGAGCUUCCAAGGUCUGAUCCCGGUUUCUUUCAUACUUGGGUUCUAUAUCGAUAAUGUGUUCACUAGGUUUUGGAGAUUAUUCAUGACCAUUCCAUGGGUGCUUAAAUUUGCCAUUUCAAUUGCUGGGCAUCUCUCUGGAAACUCUGAACGUUCUCGUUUAAUGCGACGCACAUGCUUUCGGUACAUGAUGUCAAGUCUAAUAAUGACUUCUACACGUCUCAACCUAAUUGCUAAGAAGCGCUUUCCUACACCAGAAUUCUUCGUUGCCGCCGGAAUACUUACAGAAGAAGAGUUGGAUAUAAUUACGAGCGUCAGUCCUAUUCAUGUUCAACCGUUUGUUCCUAUAGUAUGGACCACUUCCCUUAUCACUCUUGCUGGAAAAGAAGGUUUUAUUACGAAUCAUCAUGCCUUGGUUUCCAUCAUUGAUGAAAUAAAUAACUUUCGUCAGGGUCUGUUGGAUAUGUUUAUGAUCGAUUUUGUUUGCAUCCCAUUAGUUUACACACAGGUUGUCACAUUGGCAGUGUAUAUUUACUUCAUAGCUUCACUUGUUGGUCGUCAGUUUAUAAUCGAUAGCUCGCGAACAAAUUCACAAGAUCUCUACUUCCCGUUCUUCACGUUCUUAGAAUUCAUUGUUUAUAUGGGCUUGUUAAAGGUUGCUGAAACACUAGUUAAUCCUAUGGGAGAAAAUGACGAAGAUAUUGAUAUAAAUGAGGUGAUAGACUUUAACUGGAAAACUGGAUGGUGCAUUGUCGAUGGAAUGAAAACAAGCGCUCCUGAUAUUGUACGAGAUUUCUACUGGCAGCAGUCCAUCGUCGAAUUACCCCACACACAGGAAUCGAAACGUUUAGCUUCUCGCCCAUUUAGAGGAUCAACAUACAACAUAAACAUUCCUUUCAUUCCUGAUAUGCUCGGGUCUGCGCUAUCCCUAUCACUAAUCGGUCAUUCACAAGAUAUAGCGAAUUCGCGUCAUUUAAUUCGAAACAGUACCAUAACUAUUCCUACUAGAUUGAUCCCAGCUGAAAGUGUUCCUCCCAAUGAAGCCGAUAAUACGUCGAGAUCGAAUGUUUCUGACGAUCAUACGACCACAGAUACUGCGUUUUUAAGCGCCACUCCUAAUACUCCAGCAGUAAACCGACUUCUUCAUGAACCAAUAAAAGAGGAAGAUGAAGAACAUGAAGAUGAUGAUCAUUCUUACAGCAGGCUAAAAACAAGUGCAUAUGAAUGAGUAACAUGUGAUAUUUGUGUCAUCUUAUUGAAGAGGUAUUUAUGUUAUACAAGAAACCCUAACUGUAAUCCCAUGAAGUAAUUCAUAUCUUAUUGUGCAUAAUCGAUCAAAUAAUUCUGUAGUGUGAACGUUUAUAACAUUUUUUAUUGGGGUUAAAAUUACGGAAAAACAUUUAGCUUAUAUUUAUGGGCUUCCCGCUGUCUAGAUAUUGUAAAAAUUCCCUUAUGUCUAUUUAUUAUAGCCAACCGGAAGUUUCAUCAACCGUUUAAAUUGUAUCUACAUAAACCAGU